AUGGCUCAAACGGCCGUACAACUCAAUCAGCUGAAUGCAGCUCGCAACCUCGUCCUCGGCGACGCAGCUCUGUACCCGCAGAUCGUGAAUGGAAUCCUGCCUAUCGUCGGGGCUAAUUCGAGGAUGGGGGGGGCAGAAUUUAUGGCUGAGACCUUCUCUAGCCCGGUUCUGUCCGCGCCUUUGAAGGAACAACUUGCGCCUAAUGUGCUCCAGACCAUUCAAGACACCUUAGCUCUUCCCGAGACAGAUGUUGCCGUACUACAGGGCUUGGUUCAAACUGCGGCCAGCUUGUACCCCUUGGUCUUUCGACAUAUCGUGAAUCACCCCGGGGAUAAUAAGUCAUGGGAGACGAUGACAACGAUUAAGGAAGACAUCUUGCGAAAGAUGGAUUCUUUCCCAUGUCCAGUCAAGAUCUGCUGCGUCAAGUUCCUACAGCGCGUGGUUCAAGUUCAGACACCAGGACUGAUUUCGGACCCAAGGCGACCUGAGCAAAAUGAGACCUCACUGGCCAUUGUUCCUCGUACUCAUCCUGUUCUCAAAAUCUCUCACCUCGAGGCUGAAGCAUCGGGCCUGCUUGAUCGACUCUUGGGCGUUUUCCAAGAAGAGACAUGUGAUGCGCUAAUCGUCAAUGCAACUUUGAACUGUCUCUCACCACUCGUCCGUACUCGCCAGUCUAUCGCCAACAAGAUCAUCAAUACCGUUCUUGAGUUUUUCCCAACUAGACAUGUCCGACCCCCAUUUACGCCAACCGUCCGAGUCAAUGUCAAAUCAAUGGAGCGCACAGCUAGGGCCUUACUUGUCAACAUAAUGAAGAAGAACCCGAACCACCCUUACGUGGGUAAGAUGCAAAUGUACAUUGAGCGUCUUAUGCAAUCCAGACUGGAGGAAGUAGAUGACGCAUCUCGGAAACGAGCAUUUCCCAUUGAACCAACAGAUGGUUUAGACACCGCGAAGCGUGCUCGUUUGGAUGCGCUUACUCCUCCACUUCUCAAGAUUCCCCCGCUGCCUCCAGGACCUACGAGCUACGACCAGCUAUUUACAUUAACCGAGGACGUCGGACUGUCCUCAUUUGAUGUCAAACAGCUUCCCGCCGAACUCGUCAUGAAGAUCACGCUGCCUCUACUGCAACAUGUUAACCCGUCCACGCUUACACAGGCUGUUGAUGCCGUCCGGAAUCGACUAGAGACCAUAACAAAAGAGCAAAACUUGAAGCGCCAACAGCAGCAGAACGCGACCUCACUAGACGAUGACGACGAUUAUGAGCCAGAUUAUGAGCCCAUGGAUGUAGCAGAAGGUGCCGAGGGCGAGGGCAUUACUGCGCCAGAUCAAGCAGCAGAGCUACAACCAGAUCUAGUAUCACUGGGUCCAUUCGUCCUACCUCAGCCGCCACCUCUCAGCGAAGAAGACGCCGCCGAAGUCGGCCGCAGUGCUGUUUCGCGCGUUUUCAGCAUGAUUCACUUGACCGAGCCCGAUCCAGCAUCAACAGCCUCUGGCAAAAACAAAACCCAACAGCUCGGUUUCUCCCGGCUGGCCGGAAGUACUUUUAAUCAAGAUGCUUGGGUCGUCCUCCUCACGCGCCUUGCCACUCGCGCCCCAGCUGGCCUGGAAGCAAGUGAUAAGACUGGCAAAGGGGAGUCGGCGGUUGGAUCUCGCAAAACGACGAUUUCAGACUCCAUUCGCGAGACGCUUUAUCGAUACAUUUUGGAAGACUUUCGUGGUCGUCUUAAUAUCGGUAUUACUUGGCUCAAUGAGGAGUGGUACAAUGAUAGAAUACAGAUGAAGGCAGCAGCGAAGCAACGUGAUGAGAGCGAGGAGUCAGACGAGGAACCUGUUGUCGCGCUUCAUUAUGAUUACUGGGCGACACGACUCUUGGAUGGAUUUUUGCCAUACUUGGAUUCGAAGGAUAUUAAGGUCUUGGUGCGCUUCCUUAGCGAAACACCCGAAAUCACUAUCCCCAUCACUCAGCGCAUUGCGAGUCUCGCAAGGGAUCCCGAACGUGUGAAUCUCUGCGUUCAGGCACUUAUGUACUUGAUCAUGUUCCGGCCCCCAGCCCGCGAUAUGUGUCUGGAUACACUCGAGGAUGUCUAUAACACCUACGAGGAAUCUCGACCCGCAGCUGGUAAGGUCUUGUCUAAGUGGCGACCGCAGGCUAUUCAAGCGCCGGAGCCAGUUUCCAAUGGUACAUCGGCACAGCAAGCGGACACACAAGCUGCAGUCCCCCAGGAACCAUCAACAUAG